AUGAAUAAAGUUUUGGAUUUGAAUGAGAACGUAAACGUGGACGUGAAAGUGGACGUGAAAUUGGACGUGAAAGUGGACGUGAUAGUGGACGUGAAAGUGGACGUGAAAGUGGACGUGAAAGUGGACGUGAAAGUGGACGUGAAAGUGGACGUGAAAGUGGACGUGAAAGUGGACGUGAAAGUGGACGUGAAAGUGGACGUGAAAGCGGACGUGAAAGUGGACGUGAAAGUGGACGUGAAAGUGGACGUGAAAGUGGACGUGAAAGUGGACGUGAAAGGAGGCAUGAAAUGGGGCGUGAAAGGGGGCAUGAAAGUGUAUGUGAAAGGAGGCGUGAAAGUGAAUGAGAAAGGGGGCGUGAAAGUGGAUGUGAAAGGAUGCGUGAAAGUGAAUGAGAAAGGGGGCGUGCAAGGGGGCGUGAAAGUGGAUGUGAAAGGGGGCGUGAAAGGGGGAAUGCAAAGGGGCGUGAAAGUGGACGUGAAAGGGGGCGUGAAAGGGUACGUGAAAGGAAUCGUGAAAUGGGGUGUGAAAUGGGGCGUGAAAGUGGAUGUGAAAGGGGGCGUGAAAGUGAAUGAGAAAGGGGGCGUGAAAGGGGGCGUGAAAGGGGGCGUGAAAGUGGAUGUGAAAGGGGGCGUGAAAGGGGGCGUGAAAGGGUACGUGAAAGGGGGCGUGAAAGGGUACGUGAAAGGGGAGUAA